CAUCUCUAAAAUUUUCUAUUUGCUGAGUUUUUUGCCUUGUUGUUAUUGUAUAGAUCAGUAUAGCAUUGUUUGAAGACGUUAUUUACAGUUUGUUGAUCAUUGGUGAUGUUUCCUGUUGAGAUGAGUGAUUUUUCUAUAUUGCGGUUGAGUUGAUUUGCUAGAUAUUUGCCAGAUUUGUCAUUAUUUUAUAAUGGUUGUAUCGUAAUCGAUUACUGUUAUGGGAUAAAUGUUUUCAUGUGGGGCUUUUGUAGCUCCAAAGCAGGGAAUGUGGUGUGCUGUGUAACAUGGCUUUUAAGGAUUUGUUAUGAAACUGACAAAUCAACAAUGUUUUUGGACUUGGUGGAGAAUAUUUUAGAUCUUAGUGUAGCAGCAUAGAGGUGCUUAUUGUCAUUGUUUACAAUGUGCGCCGCUGGGGGCUGCUAAUGAGGUGGGCCGGUAUAAAAGCGGCAGUCCUCCCACUGGUUCUUCCUUUGCGCUCCCAUCGUCGCCUCUGCGUCACUUCCGGGUCGGAGGUCGUCUGGUCCGACAGGUAUGGCUGCACGCUGCUUCACCUCGCUGGCCGUUUGUUUGCCCACGUGCUUAAGGUAUUGGUGUUGUGUUGUAGGGCGACUGUCUGUGUGUUGCUCUGGCCCCCCUGUAUGCGCUGCUGCGUUUGUUGGCUGUGUUGCUGGAGGCCGGUGGUGGCGGUGCUGGUGUUUGGUGGUGGUAUCCAUCCUUCCGUCUUGUCCGCUGUGUUCCUGGGAGUGGGUUGCUUCACUGAGUGUCUGCCACGUGUGCCUGAUUGGAGAACUUGGAGACAAGGCAGCAGCGAUUCCUGGCAGAUCUUCUGACAGUUUUGUUGCUGGAGGCCGGUGGUGGCGGUGCUGGUGUUUGGUGGUGGUAUCCAUCCUUCCGUCUUGUCCGCUGUGUUCCUGGGAGUGGGUUGCUUCACUGAGUGUCUGCCACGUGUGCCUGUCUGCUCUCACCAUGGCUGCAUGGCUCUCCCAGAGUGUGAAACGAAGGAACAACAGCUGGCUGCUGCUGUGCCCUAAUGCCGUGGCCCGAGUCUGCUCCAGGGGGGAGGGAAGCUCGUCCUCUGUCCCGAGGGAACCCUCUGCAUUCCAGGAAAAGCCUCGAACAGUGAAAGACCUCCCACGCAUCACUUUCUUGGAGCUAUUGUACAGUGUCGCGUUUAAGGGUUUCAGCAACCAUUUUCAUGAGCUACAGAUUUAUAACAAGCAGCGAUACGGACCCAUGUUCAGAGACCCAACAAAUGCAAUAUGUGUGAACACUCCAAAGCUGCUGGAGGAAGUAUUGAGGAAUGAUGAGAAGUUUCCUUCCCGAGGAGACAUGUCUAUUUGGAAAGAGUAUCGCGAUAUGAAAGGAAUCGGCUAUGGGCCUUUCACAGAGGAAGGGGAGAAGUGGUACAACCUGAGGGUGAUGCUCAACAAGCGCAUGCUGCUUCCAAAGGAGUCUGCACAGUAUGGUGGUGUUUUCAAUGACGUGGUUACAGACUUCAUCAAGAGAAUCUACUACCUGCGUCAGGGCAGCUUGACAGGAGAUUUGGUGACCAAUGUGGGCAAUGAGAUGUAUCAUUUCGCACUAGAGGGUAUUGCCUCCAUAUUGUUUGAGCAAAGGCUUGGGUGUCUGGAAAAGGAAAUACCUGCAGGGACACAAGACUUCAUCAACUCUAUAGUCCAGAUGUUCUCCAACAACAUGGCUGUACAUCUGUUGCCCAAGUGGAGCCGCAAUCUCCUGCCAUUUUGGGGGCGCUACAUUGCAGGCUGGGAGGGCAUCUUCAGCUUUGCUAAACAGUUGAUUGACAAGAAGAUGGAGGUCAUUCAUCAGCAUUUGGAGAACCACCAGGAUAUGGAGGGGAAAUACCUAACAUACCUACUUUCAAACACUCAGUUAAGCACUAAAGAUGUGUAUGGCAGCAUCACUGAGCUCCUAUUAGCUGGAGUGGACACGACCUCCAAUACCCUCACAUGGACGAUGUACCUGCUGUCCAAGAACCCUCAAUCCCAGGACAAACUUUACAAAGAAGUGUCCACAUCAGUGCCUGCAGACCGGAUCCCCUCUGCUGAGGAGGUCACUCAGAUGCCUUAUUUAAAGGCUAUUAUCAAAGAAACACUGAGGAUGUACCCUGUGGUUCCUUUAAACGCGAGGAUCAUUAUGGAAAAGGAUGUCACGAUUGGUGGAUAUCAUUUUCCCAAAAAAACCUCUUUCAGUUUUUGUAACUAUGCCAUCAGCUAUGAUGAGGACACAUUCUCAGAGCCAUUCACAUUUAAGCCAGAGAGAUGGCUACGUGAUGGCCAUAAAAGGCCAAACCCCUUUGGUUCCCUCCCAUUUGGCUUCGGAGUGAGAGCCUGUGUAGGUCGCCGGAUUGCUGAGGUUGAGAUGUAUCUGAUUCUGUUUCGGAUAAUCAGGUGCUUUGAAAUAAAACCAGACCCCACGAUGGGAGAGCUGAAAUCCAUCAACCGCACUGUUCUGGUACCAGACAAACCACUUAACCUACAUUUUGUGGACAGAGGAUGUAAAAAUGCAGCUUAA